AAUGUAUGUGAGCCACACCAUGGGAGCUGUACUGAGCUGGUUUGCUAUUCGUGUUUGUGCUCUGAUGCUGCACAGCGGUGAUGCACUGAAGAAAUGGAGACCACAGGAAGCCCCUGACGACUCUCACAGCCUCUCUGCAGGAAUGGAAUUAGAGGAGAGGGGGUUUGGUACGGUGUCCCUGAAGUGGUGUGAGCAAAGCAAAAGAGCUGGUGAAACAUUUGAGUAUUUUGACUCCUGCUCAUGGCACAGCGACAUCCUGUCAGAUUUUAGUGGAGAAGGAGAGGAUUCUGUGGACGCUUUGCGGCGACUGGAGGAUGCCUACAUUUUUCGACAAACAAUGGGAGUCAGCGUCUGCAGUGGGCACACUAAGGCUCGACGCAGAGAAUCAGUAUCAGCAAAGGACAGCCACCGAGAUGUCACAGACACUUAUGUCAAACCAUCUACUUACAGCUUGAAAAAAGGACCAGAAAACUGUGUGGCACCAAAUCUUCCUUUGAAACUGAGCAAAAAAGACCUUUUUUCAUUUGAGAUCCAACCCCAUUUAAACACAGAGAAAGUAAAAGAGCAGUGCACUUUACAAACUGUUGUUACAGAGCCAUGUAGUCCGCAUAUUCAAAAGCAACACAAAACAGAGACAUUUGAUCCAAAGCUAGAUGCUGGAGUCCCCCUGGAGCCCAUCAAGGCCCAUGACUUCUCCCACAGCACCCCCAUCGGCCUUGACUGCUUGGGCAGGAGGAGACAAAUCUCUUAUUUCUCUUCUUGGGCAGGGCUUCAGGUGUGGGGCCCUGGUGCCUGGGGUCUCCUGGUGGAGCCCCUGUCUAUGGUGGUACUCCAGGGCAUUGUCAUUGUGGGCCCUGGGAGAAAGUGGAAGAGCCUCAGGGACACAUAUAAUAAGGAGAAGAGGACAGAGAAGGAGAAGAGGAGUGGGUCUGCAGCAGGAUUUGGGAAGAGAUGGAAGUUCUUCGCGGUCAUGGGGUUUCUGGACCCCUUCCUCACCCUGCGGGAGACUAGCGGCAAUAUGGUGCUGACCGUGGAGAACUUCCCCCCCGAGGACCAGGGACAGCCCGGAGAGGCAGCAGGGGAGUGUCAGUCAGAAGGACAAGCUUUACAGUGA